AUGUCAUCUUCUAUAUCACAGAUCACGACGAAAGCAACAACAAAUGACAAUCUUGCUGUAAAAAUAGAGUCAACAGUAGAAGAGACAACAUCGGCUACUCUAACAACAUCUCAAGAUGAAAAAGAGAAAAGCGAAAAAGACCCUGGUUUCGUCAAAUUGCCAACAAAAGAUAUUGCGUUUUUGUUUGUUGGAUUAGUCUUGGCGUGUUUUUUGGCUAGUUUAGAUGGCACAAUUAUUAGCACAGCACUUCCGAGAAUUGCAACUGAAUUUGGCGCCUUAGAUCGCUAUAGUUGGGUGGCCACCGCAUAUUUAUUAACCUAUAAUGCUUUCCAACCACUCUAUGGAAAAUUUUCCGAUAUAUUUGGACGAAAAAAUACAUUACUAUUCACGGUGCUAGUUUUCUUGUGUGGAUCAGCAGGAUGUGGAGCUUCGAAUUCCAUGGAUUUGCUCAUUUUUUUCCGAGCUGUGGCUGGAAUCGGUGGUGCUGGAAUGAUAUCAUUAGUAUUAAUUAUAAUUAGUGAUAUUUUCCCGUUGGAGGAAAGGCCAAAAUAUCAAGCUAUUAUUUGGGCAACUUUCGGUUUUUCUAGUGUUAUCGGACCAUUGUUAGGUGGCGCAUUUGUCGAUCAUUUGACUUGGCGAUGGGAUGCGAGUAUUCCUCUUUAA